AUGUCCGUGUCCGACUCGGAGCUUUCAGAGGCCUCUAGGACACCCGCGCCGCCGGACCAUGAACUCGAGAGAAGUCUGCGACGCGAAGUGGUCAAGGCGCAGAGAGACGGGAUAGACUUCUCGACCAACUACAUUCGUGAAGCUUCCGAAGCAAAAUUGGGGUUGACAAAGGGUUUCUACAAGAAUCACCACGAAUGGGCAGAGCGAAGUAAAGCCAUCAUAGCCGAGCAGUCGGACAUCCAGUCACACACACAGAGCUCUCCCGUACAGCCUAAGCCUAGACAGUUGAAGAAGACUCCUGCGAAGCGCAAGUCCUCGGAGAAAGAGUCCGCUCCAAAGAAGAGACAAAAGGCUGUCGCAAAAAGCGACGAUGACGCUUCCGUCGACCUGUCUUCACCCUUGAGCGACCUAGACUCGGAAGCACUGCAAGAGAAGCCGAAAACGAGACAACCGAAGGCCCUCCCAAAGCCUCGCCUGACCAAGUCAAAGCCCGCGCAUGCCAAAAGAGCAAAGGUCGCAGUGUCUAAUGAAGAAGACGAGGACGAGAAGCAGGCGAACGGUGCUGUCGCAGAAGAGUCCUCAAAUGAAGGAGAAACCGCAGCCACUGACAACGCUGACGGCGGUUCUGAGAGCGAGAUGUCGAUCCUCUUAGACGAAGCACCUCAGCAGAAGAAGAACAGGAAGGGGAAAAACUCGGUGGGACAAAGGCCCAAGAAGCCUAGUAGAUCCUCCACAAAACCCGGGGCAGGCGCUGAUGUCGACCCCGAGCAGGCCGAAAUCAAGCGUCUCCAAGGCUGGCUGCUAAAAUGCGGUGUCCGCAAGUUGUGGGGUAAAGAGUUAAAACCCUAUGAAACGACCAAGGCCAAAAUCAAGCAUUUGAAAGAAAUGUUAGCCGACGUCGGCAUGACUGGCCGCUACUCCCUGGAAAAAGCGAAUCAGAUCAAGGAGGCCAGAGAGUUGGCGGCUGACAUUGAGGCUGUCCAAGAAGGAGCAGUCCGGUGGGGUGCUGUCGAGGAUGAGGACGGAGCGCGAGGUGAGAAAGAGACAGAAAGUGGUGCGCGGCCCGCGGCAAGGAGGUUGGUGAGAGGGGCGAAGAAUUAUGACUUUUUGAGCAGCGAUGGUGAAGAGACAGAUUGA